AUGGCCAGCGGUAGGCCUCCAGGACAUCAUCCAGCCGCUGGCCGCGAUGAUGAUCUGCUGCAGCUGGAAGAGCCAGCUCCCAUGUACAAUUCGGGGCAAGGUCCACCCGUCAACGACGAGCACUUGUUGCGACAGUUCAAUAUCAACGACUCCGAUCAACCCCAGGCGCGACCCUCCAUUUCCUACGAUCACUUUGUCGGCGGACAAGCGCCGCCGCCACUCGUCGGCGCCCAUGCGAUGACCACGGCGCAUCCCCCGGCCCCGUCCGGGCCCUAUUUGAACGAUCCGUAUAUGGGGGCUGAGGCCUCUCGAACCUACUCGCAGACAUCGGGCUUGAACAAUUACCGUCGCUAUUCCAUCGACGACUAUGCUGAUGAACCAGGGUACUAUAAUUUGGAUGACGGGGACGAUCCCAUGCAUACCGGCCACCGCGUGCGGCAGACAAAGGAGAGGAAUAGCAUCAUGGGACUGGGAGGUGGCCUGAUGGGACGCGCAAAACACAUGUUGGGAAUGGGCCCCGAUUACUCGGAGAUGGAUCUUCCUCUGACAGAGGCCGGAGCCAGGGCAGCUCGCGUCGACAGCGCAGAACCAGACGAGACGGCCGCUCCCCAGCACGACCGGAGGAAACCUAAGAAGCCCGGCUUCAAGUUCGGGUUUGGACGCAGGAAGGUCGAUCCCUCGACUCUGGGCCCACGUAUGAUCAUGUUGAACAAUCCGCCGGCCAAUGCGGUGCACAAGUUCGUGGACAACCACGUAUCGACGGCCAAGUACAAUAUCUUCACCUUCCUGCCGAAAUUCCUCUUCGAACAAUUCUCUAAAUACGCCAACCUAUUUUUCCUGUUCACCGCCGUCCUCCAGCAGAUUCCGAACGUGUCCCCGACAAAUCGAUACACCACCAUCGGUCCGCUGUUGAUCGUGCUGUUGGUGUCCGCCAUCAAGGAACUGGUCGAGGACUACAAGCGGCGGUCGUCGGACAAAUCGCUUAAUUUCUCCCGGACACAGGUGCUCAAGGGAUCCGCAUUCCACGAUACGAAAUGGAUCGAUGUGGCGGUGGGUGACAUCGUUCGGGUCGAGUCUGAGCAGCCCUUCCCGGCCGACUUGGUCUUGCUGGCCUCCUCCGAGCCAGAGGGCCUGUGCUAUAUCGAAACGGCCAACCUGGAUGGGGAGACCAACCUGAAGAUCAAGCAGGCGAUCCCGGAAACUGCACAUCUCGUUAGCCCGGCCGACCUCAGUCGGUUGAGUGGCCGGAUUCGCUCUGAACAGCCGAACAGCAGCCUUUACACCUACGAGGCGACCUUGACGAUGCACGCGGGGGGAGGGGAGAAGGAAUUGCCCCUCGCCCCGGAUCAGCUCCUCCUUCGAGGAGCGACGCUGCGGAAUACGCCGUGGAUCCACGGAAUCGUGGUCUUCACCGGUCACGAAACCAAGCUGAUGCGGAAUGCCACGGCGACCCCGAUUAAGCGGACCGCGGUCGAGCGCAUGGUCAACAUCCAGAUCUUGAUGCUGGUUGGCAUUCUGAUCACCCUCAGUGUCAUCAGCUCGGUCGGUGACUUGAUCAUUCGGCAGACCGCAUCCGACCGACUCAGCUACCUCGACUACGGCAAUACGCAUCCCGCGAAGCAGUUCGUCCUCGACAUAUUCACCUACUGGGUCCUCUAUUCGAACCUGGUCCCCAUCUCUCUUUUCGUCACCAUCGAGAUUGUCAAAUAUGCGCAAGCGUUCUUGAUCAACUCGGACCUCGACAUCUACUACGAGAAAACUGAUACACCGGCAACGUGUAGGACGUCGUCGCUGGUAGAGGAGCUGGGCCAGAUCGAGUAUAUCUUCUCCGACAAGACCGGCACCUUGACUUGCAACAUGAUGGAGUUCAAGCAGUGCACGAUAUCCGGUGUCCAGUACGGCGAAGACAUCCCGGAAGACCAACGUGCCACCGUGGAGGACGGAGUCGAAGUCGGAGUCCACGAUUUUAAAAGGCUCCGAGAGAACCUGCAGUCUCAUCCCACGGCAGAUGCGAUCCACCACUUCCUCACGCUUCUGGCCAUCUGCCACACGGUUAUUCCCGAAAGAAACGACGAGAAGCCAGAUGUGAUCAAGUAUCAAGCCGCGUCUCCGGACGAGGGCGCCCUAGUCGAAGGCGCGGCGCAACUAGGUUAUCGGUUCACAAACCGACGACCUCGGUCGGUGAUCAUCACGGUGGCCGGGCAGGAAUAUGAAUACGAGCUGUUGGCGGUGUGUGAGUUCAACUCUUCCCGGAAACGGAUGUCGACAAUUUUCCGGUGCCCCGAUGGCAGGAUCCGCAUCUAUACCAAAGGAGCAGACACGGUCAUACUUGAGCGUCUGAAUCCUGACAACCCGAUGGUUGAAGCGACGUUGCAGCACCUGGAGGAUUACGCCUCGGAAGGUCUCCGAACACUGUGCCUGGCGAUGCGCGAGGUGCCCGAGGAGGAGUUUCAGCAAUGGUACCAAAUAUACGACAAGGCCGCCACCACGGUGAGCGGAAACCGUGCGGACGAGCUCGACAAGGCAUCGGAGCUGAUAGAAAAGGACUUAUUUCUUCUCGGAGCCACCGCUAUUGAGGAUCGCCUGCAGGACGGGGUUCCCGACACAAUCCACACCCUUCAGACCGCUGGCAUCAAGGUCUGGGUUCUGACGGGUGAUCGGCAGGAGACCGCCAUCAACAUCGGCAUGUCGUGCAAACUGAUCUCCGAGGAUAUGACCCUCUUGGUUGUCAACGAGGAAACAGCCCCGGCAACUCAGGAUAACUUAUCCAAGAAGCUUCAGGCGGUUCAGAGCCAGGGGGCGUCGGGGGAAAUGGAGGCGAUGGCCCUUGUUAUCGAUGGUCGAUCGCUGACCUACGCACUGGAGAAGGACAUGGAGAAACUCUUCUUGGAUCUGGCGGUCAUGUGUAAGGCCGUGGUUUGCUGUCGUGUUUCUCCCCUUCAGAAGGCCCUAGUUGUCAAGCUCGUCAAGCGUCAUCUCAAGUCUCUACUUCUAGCCAUCGGCGACGGCGCCAACGACGUCUCCAUGAUUCAGGCGGCGCACGUUGGGGUUGGCAUCAGCGGCGUUGAAGGUCUUCAGGCUGCCCGGUCUGCCGAUGUGUCGAUUGCUCAGUUCCGUUACCUUCGCAAACUGCUCCUUGUGCAUGGUGCCUGGAGUUACCACCGGAUUAGUCGAGUCAUUCUGUAUUCGUUCUACAAGAACAUUGCACUUUAUAUGACGCAAUUUUGGUACUCCUUCCAAAACGCUUUCUCUGGCGAAGUAAUCUACGAAUCAUGGACGCUUUCCUUCUACAAUGUCUUCUUCACCGUUCUUCCGCCGUUCGCCAUGGGGAUUUGCGACCAGUUUAUCUCCGCUCGAUUACUAGACCGUUAUCCCCAGCUGUAUCAGUUGGGGCAGAAAGGCAUGUUCUUCAAGCGGCACAGCUUCUGGUCCUGGAUUGCCAACGGCUUUUACCACUCCUUACUGCUGUAUAUCGUUUCUCAGCUGAUCUUCCUCUGGGACCUGCCUCAAGCGGACGGGAAGGUUGCAGGCCACUGGGUCUGGGGCUCAGCGCUGUACACGGCGGUGUUGGCGACAGUACUCGGCAAGGCAGCACUGAUCACUAACAUCUGGACCAAGUAUACAUUCAUCGCGAUCCCGGGAUCGAUGGUGAUCUGGCUGGGAUUCCUUCCGGCAUACGGCUACGCGGCGCCAGCCAUCGGGUUUUCGACCGAAUACUACGGGACGAUCCCGCGACUGUUCAAAUCGCCCGUCUUCUACCUCAUGGCGGUGGUGCUACCGUGUAUCUGUCUGCUACGGGAUUACGCAUGGAAAUACGCCAAACGCAUGUACUACCCGCAACACUACCACCAUGUGCAGGAGAUCCAGAAGUACAACGUGCAGGAUUACCGGCCACGCAUGGAGCAGUUCCAGAAGGCGAUCCGCAAGGUACGCCAUGUGCAGCGGAUGCGGAAACAGCGUGGGUAUGCAUUCAGUCAGGCCGACGAGGGCGGACAGAUGCGCGUUGUCAAUGCUUAUGAUACCACGAGGGGCAGAGGUCGAUACGGAGAAAUGACUAGUUCGCGGGCGCUGGUGUAA